GAUAUCAAUGCUUGGCUUCCUGUAACCUCCUCAAGAGAUGCAAAAUGGUAUUAUUCUGCUUUCCACAACGUUACUGCUAUGGUUGGUGCUGGUGUCCUCGGCCUCCCCUAUGCCAUGUCUGAAUUGGGAUGGGGUCCUGGAAUUGCCAUAAUGAUUCUAUCAUGGGUCAUUACCCUAUAUACCCUAUGGCAGAUGGUGGAAAUGCACGAACCUGAGCCUGGCAGGAGACUUGAUAGGUACCAUGAGUUGGGUCAGGAGGCUUUUGGUGAGAAACUAGGGCUAUGGGUUGUUGUACCCCAACAGCUGAUGGUGGAAAUAGGAGUCAACAUUGUAUACAUGGUUACUGGAGGAAAAUCCCUACAGAAAUUCCAUGACCUUGUCUGCCCCAACUGUAGCCACAUCAGGACCACCUAUUUUAUCGCCAUAUUCGGUUCAGUUCACUUGGUUCUCUCCCAUCUUCCCAAUUUUAAUUCCAUUGCAGGUGUCUCUCUUGCUGCUGCAGUCAUGUCCUUCAGUUAUUCCUUUAUAGCUUGGGUGGCAUCUGUUAAGAAGGGGGUUCAACCAGAUGUGAAGUACACUCCAAGGGCAUCAACCGAUGCAGGGAAAGUCUUCCAAUUCCUGAGUGCAUUGGGUGAUGUAGCUUUUGCUUUUGCUGGUCAUAAUGUGGUGUUGGAGAUUCAGGCAACAAUGCCUUCUUCACCUGAGAAACCUUCCAAGAAACCCAUGUGGAAAGGUGUCGUAGUUGCCUACAUUGUUGUGGCCUUGUGUUACUUCCCAGUUGCAUUUGUUGGAUACUGGGCAUUCGGAAACAGUGUUGAGGACAACAUCCUAAUUUCAUUGAACAAACCAGUUUGGCUUGUUGCAGCUGCUAACUUGUUUGUUGUCAUUCAUGUGAUUGGAAGUUAUCAGGUAUUUGCCAUGCCAGUUUUUGACAUGAUGGAAUCUUUUCUGGUGAAAGUGUUGAGCAUCAAACCAAGUCUACUGCUUCGUAUUUGCACUCGAACUACAUAUGUUGCCACUACAAUGGUACUAGCGAUGGCAUUUCCUUUCUUUGGUGCCCUUCUCGGCUUCUUUGGAGGGUUUGCUUUUGCACCAACAACUUACUAUCUUCCGUGCAUUAUAUGGCUCGUCAUAAGAAAACCAAGAAAAUAUAGCUUGACUUGGUUCAUAAAUUGGAUAUGCAUAAUUCUUGGUUUUCUGCUGAUGGUUUUAGCCCCCAUUGGAGCAUUGAGAGAGAUAGUGUUGUCAGCCAAAAACUACAAGUUGUUUUCUUGA